AUGAAUGACGGGGAACCUUUCCCAUAUGAGCCUUUUUUCAGGGGACCAGUUAGCAAGAGUGACAAACCAAAUGUCCUCUACUUUGACGUUCUGAAGUGUGCCAGAGCAACCACAGAAAUGGAUGCCACUCUAGAGGGUCUCCAGUGUCCAACCACUCAAGUCUGUGUUAAAAAAUGCCCUUCGGAGUUCUGGAAGUUGCCCCCAGAGGCGUAUGCCCCAGAUGCCCUACCUAAAGACUUCUUUCAGCAGCAGUAUUGUGAUCCUAGACUUGACCUUGCCCAAACCACAAUGAGUGUUCAAGACAUCCUCAAUCAAGAGCUUUGUCCGUAUUUCUACACCCCAAGUAAACCAGCACUAGGGAAAUGCCUGCCUAGCUUUGAACUACAGGACGUUCCUCCAGACUUCUCUCUCCCUGGAUUCGCUUCCGUAGAUGAAACAGUCAAGCACAUAAAGAGUGCUAUGGACUCUCUUGUUUCAGGAUUCAACUUUAAGUCAGUGGGGUUACGGAUUUUUGAGGAUUUUGCUACAUCAUGGUAUUGGAUAUUAAUAGGUCUGGUGGUUGCUAUGGUUGUUAGCCUCAUGUUCCUCCUGCUUAUGAGAUAUCUGAUGUUCGUGCUACUGUUGGCUCUCAUCGUGGGAGUGCUCGUAGCUGCAGCGUAUGGUAUCUACUACUGUUACCGGGAAUAUAACCACUACAGACACUCCAAACUCACCCUCGGUGACAUUACUUAUAAUUCAGAAUUCUCUGUCUACCUUCAAGUGAAAGAGACGUGGCUGUUCUUCUUGGUGAGCCUGUGUCUUUUGGAAUUCGUAAUUUUACUCUUCCUGACACAUCGGGGGAGGAGAAUAUCUGUUGCAUUGGCACUGAUCAAAGAGUCCAACAGGGCGGUGAGUUGUGUGACGACCACACUGGCUUACCCCUUGGUGACGUUCCUGCUGGUGGUGAUAAGCAUGGCCUACUGGGGAAUCACUAGCCUGUAUUUGGCCACAUCAGGUGCUCCUGUAUACCAUGUCGCUGCUCUCAACUCCUCCAUAGCCAACUGUAGUUCUAUCACAGGCUCAGAGAUUUGCAUUCCCAAGGAAUUCAGUGCUUCUCUCCAUCCUGAUUGUCCAUCUGUGCGCUGUGUGUUUUUUAAAUACGAUGACACGGACUUGUUCUCAAGGAUCGCACCCUACCUGCAGAUCUAUAAUUUGCUGGCUUUCCUCUGGUGCGUGAACUUCAUCAUCGCCCUGGGCCAGUGUACACUAGCCGGUACCUUCGCAUCCUUCUACUGGGCCUUCAGUAAACCAGCAGACAUUCCCCCGUACCCUCUCUUACAAGCCUUCAUCCGGACACUAGGGUGUCAUGUCGGCUCUUUAGCAUUGGGUGCUGUCAUCCUUACCAUAUUCCAGGUCCCUCGGAUGUUACUGGAAUAUCUUGACCAUAGGUUCAGAGACUGCCGGAAUUUCUGUUGUCAGUUUGUGAUGAUGUCCCUCAAAUGCUGCUUUUGGUUCCUGGAUAAAUUCCUCAAGUUCUUCCACAGAAACACCUAUAUCAUGAUUGCUAUACAUGGAAACAAUUUCCAUGUGUCUGGCAAGAAUGCUUAUAUGCUCUUGAGGAGAAAUAUUAACCGGGUGGUGGUGUUGGACUGUGUUACAGACACACUGCUGUUUUCCGGCAAGGUGCUGGUGGUCGGAUUAGUGGGUCUGCUGGCUUUCUUCUUCUUCUCUGGGAGAAUCAGGCUGCCAGAUGACAAUUUCCAGAUUCAGCUGCUGCAUUACUACUGGUUGCCCGUUAUCACGGUGAUGGCAGGAGCUUACUUGAUCGCUCAGGGCUUCUUCAGUGUGUACAGCAUGUGUGUGGACACCCUUUUUCUCUGCUUCUUGGAGGAUCUGGAGCGUAAUGAGGGCACCAUGCUGAGACCAUACUACAUGUCCGGGUCUCUGUGGCGAAUCCUCAAUAAGUCCUAAAGAGCCUUAAAAAAGACAGCUUUCGACCACAUCCUUUUCCAAACUUUUCAUAAAUAAACCAAACAAGCAUUUAUGUUAGUAUUUUUUUCUUUGUUACUGUAAAACUGCUCAGCAUUCUGAUCGCUGCUGUAAUGUUCA